CGAUCCGUCGGGCGAAAGCCGGGAGGAAGCGUGUGCCUCCUACUCUACGGCGACGCCGGAGUGGGAGGGUACGUGAGGUGAUAAUGGGUGACGGAGCCGCGUUGAUAAAGACGUCGUCAGAUAUCGCGCGGCCGCGGUCCGUACGUCGCCGUAAGCGCCGGCCGACAAGUCGUCGUCGUUGACGUUGCCGUAAGACGAGCAAGAACUCCCGCGACCACGGAACCUCGAUCGUACGAUCGACCCUUCGGCCGUCCCGGAGCAAACGAGAGAGUAGCAGCGUUCAUCCGCAGAAUCAUUUGGACUUUUCCCCAAGUGUUGUUGGAAAACAGUCGAAACGUAGCUCGGGGAAUCAACCUCGGAAGAAUUAACGGCUGAUACAUCGAUCCCGAUAACGCGAGCGUGAUUCGAGAGAACAAAGUAUCGUCUCGCUGUGUUCUCAGGGAUGAUAUCCACUAAACGGCGACGGAGAAAGAAAUUUUCCAGAUCGCGAGAGAAGAAAGAAGAGAAGAAGAAGAAGAGGGAGAAAUUCUGCUCUAGUCGGCAAACAUGGAUAAUUACACGUCCGACUCGAGCGACUCGGACUCCAGCAAGACGCUGGACCUGUCGUACCUGUCGCUGAGCGCCGAGGAACUCGAUGAGCACCUGAUAAACGUCAAAUACCCGGAGCACGUGGACACGCUGUUGCUGAAGCAAAACCGCCUGAGCAGCUUGCCAUCCAGCCUCGUCAGAUUCACCAGUCUCGGCGCCCUCGAUAUCUCCGGCUGCGGCCUCAGCAGGUUGCCAGACUUCUGGCCGGAUUGUCCGCUCACCUGUUUGGUCGCCAAACACAACCACCUGACGAACGACGGUCUGGUCAAGGCCUUCGAGAACCUGACUUCUCUGCGGGAGCUGAACCUCAACGGCAAUCGGCUCGAAGAGUUCCCCGACCAGGUGCUCGACCUGGUGGAUCUCAAGUAUCUCUACCUCGGCGGCAACCUCAUCCGCGAGAUCACGGAGAAUAUUUGGAAGUUGCAGAGGUUGCAGGUGCUGUCGGUGGGAGGCAACAGAUUGUCGGAAGUGCCGUCCACCCUCGGUCAGCUCAAGGCCCUGCAGGCCCUCGUGCUGUGCGACAACAUGCUGGAGAGCUUGCCGAGCUCGAUCGCCAACCUGACGAAACUGAAGUCGCUGUUGCUCCACAAGAAUAGCCUAAGGACACUGCCCACCGAGAUUAUCAAGCUGAAAUGCCUGACAGAGUUGUCUCUGCGAGAUAAUCCGCUGGUGGUGAGAUUCGUGUCCGACAUGACGCACGACCCGCCGUCCCUGCUGGAGUUGGCGGCGCGCGUCGUCAAGAAUAACGAUAUCCGCUACGACGAUGGGGAGGUGCCGCGGAACCUGCUGGAGUACCUCGACAGCGCGCACAGCUGCGUCAAUCCCAAGUGCAAAGGUGUCUUCUUCAAUAAUCAUGUGGAGCACGUCAAGUUCGUGGACUUCUGCGGGAAAUAUCGCCUGCCGUUGCUGCAAUAUCUGUGCAGCAGCAAAUGCAUCGAGCCACGCGACGGCGACGAGGAGCUCGUGUGCGGCGCCAUGAUCAGGAAGGUCCUUCUUGGUUGAAAGCCCGAAGAACCCAUUCACAUCUAUCGGAGACGAGAACGACGGCCCGGCGAAGGUCUCGAUCUUUGCUCCUUGUCUUGGUUUUCCACAGAUGGAUCGGCGAUAUCCGCAACUUGGACGUUAACACACAAUACACACACAUACUCACACAUAUGCACACACACUCGUAUGUUUAUAUUUUCUACUCUAAGUUAAGCGAUGCGUGUGCACGUUGCGGCGAAUGACGCAAGUACAGUUCGGCAAAAUACAAUAAAUAAAAUGUUCGAUAAAAAUA